AUGCGAGAACCCAACUUGUCUUUCCCUGCCCAAAGUCGAGCCGCCGUUUGCAUUACUUCGGCUCUUUAUGAUAGAAGAGCUCUCGAUUGCACCGCCACUUUGCCGCUUAUUAAUUCGCUUACUCAUCUGGCUUAUCUUACUUCUACCUCGCCUCGCAUUAGAGAAAUCCUAGUGCUGGAUGGAGGCCUGGAACGGUUGGUGCGCAUCUUGUCUCCUCAACACCAGUAUACCGAUCGCCGAAGCUUGUGGAAAUGGUCAUUGGCGUUCCAGUGCAUCGUCAAUGUCGGCGUCAGAGGCACCGAACAGAUUCGAACCAAAGUCGUCGAAGCAGGCACCAUCCCCAUUGUGCUGCGUGUGCUCGAAAAUUUUCUCAAAGCACUCGAAUUAGUCCGACAGGACAAGCGAGGCGACAGUGCAUCCCUUUUGCGAAGAACCGCCUUCCACGCCGAUACAAUGACCAACAAUCAUUCAUUAUUAGCCACCACCGCUCCACAAACUGUAUUUUCACCAUCGUCGAACCUUGAAUCAGCUUCCUCAUGUACAACAACCACAUCUUCAUCCAACACGUCUACUACUGCUGCUUCCUCUUCUUCUUCUUCUUCUUCUUCUUCCCCUUCGUCAUCAUCAUCGAUACCCUCUUCUCAUGCCGAUUCGGCUUCACGGCCACAGCGUACUACUACUUCGUCCGUCAUCCGACGAUCGACUUUUCCCUAUGUGAAGAUGGACCCCGCGCAACGGCGACGUAACCGGGUUAACAGGGAAACAAGCCGUUCUGUAUCGACUUGGCAGGAUCCAAGGGUGCCUCACAUUGAUAACAUUUUUUACCGAGAGGAAGAUAUCCUCUUGUCUCUGCAAUUGCUUGCCUACCUCUCCAAAUAUCCCCACAUCCGCAAUUUAUUCCAUACCGCCUAUGAUCGCAAUGUAUUUUCAGUCGUGGAAAAAUUCUGCCAUCGCUUGCACCCCAACGCCAUUCAGUAUUGGGCAGGUGUAAUUAUGCGGAAUGCAUGCCGGAAAGAUGAAACACGAGGCGGCACUCGUCGAUGUGCCAACAUGGCUUGUGGGAAAUGGGAAACUCAGCCGCGUGAAUUUGCCAAAUGUCGCCGGUGUCGCAAAGCCAAAUACUGCAGCAAGGAUUGCCAGAGCAAAGCAUGGACGGAUGGUCACCGUUGGUGGUGUGUGGAACGUCACGCCACCGCUCCGAGAGAAGGCGAGCAAGGCGAAUCGACUCGACCGUCCGCGACCUCAGUGCCGUCAGCAUCACAACAAGUCAUGGCGGAUGCACCGGCUGAAUCCAGCGAUUCCGCUACCGACAGUAAUAACGAUCACCAACGAAGCAAUGCUAUUGUCGUUAGCAACCUGCCUUCGUCGUUAUCCAGUCACGGUCACAGCGAUAUGACGAUGAUCGAGCAAGACCUUGGUGAUCGUACCCAACCUGGUUCAGCUGAACGGUCAGAAAGCCGAGGUCUUAUUAUGGAUAUGGGUGUUCAUAUGGAAUUGUGA